ACGCCUGCGCCAACAUUCCAACACCACGCGCCUUUAAUUAAUCAAUUAUUUUUGCUGGACUCGUACACCAUUAUCUUGACGCUGCGAUGACCACGCCGCAGCAGCCAUAUUAUGAUAGUUGAUUACAAUCUCCAGAGCAGCAGAUGGCGUUUCUCUUCUCUUGGCCCUCGGCAGGCUUCUGAGUAUUUGGUACUCCGUUGACCGUGACUUCUCCUGCGCUGAUUUGAAAAAUAUGCACAAAAGUGCCAAAUCUCUGCAGGACUUGAGCUACAUACCUCCGUCUCGUCUUCUCCUAUUAAUUGCUUUGUCUACACUAACAAUUACGAGACAGCCUCCGGCAUGGAUAAUAUGUUCCGCUCUACGCUGACCUUGGGACAUCCAUGUACAUGUCUAGCAGAUUGCUCUCAUCGAUACAGCAGUAUUGAAACUAGUGCGAUGUAAUGUUGGAUGACAUUGAUCCUGUUACCUAGUGCUGCUGUCUCUCUAAUACUAUUGAAGUACAUUCUAGAGCUCCCAUGUGCCGGAUCCCACCCACUUCGAAAUCGAGUUCGUUGCCCUCUAUAUCCUUCUUCCAGGAUUUGGAGCCCAGUGAUUAGUACAACCAGAGUGGACAGGUUGAAAACACGCCAGGGUUUCCUGGGUUAUCAUACGAUAUAUACCCGCACGGCGGAAGAUUAGCUGGGUAUAUAUGGAGGACAACUUGCAGAUGGCAUACGGACAAGGCGGGCUGCUGGUAAAGUCGGACUACAUGGCCAAGACGAGACUUUCUGGUGCGUCAUCCGCGGUUGAUACCGAAAUAAGAAGCUAAUAGGUUCAUCCCGGCCAAAGCAACUGGCUCGCGCCCUCUCAUUCAGGUGAAAAAGGAUGGACAUGGGAAGUUGUACUGGACCUCUUCAAGCACCAAAACCUCUACAUGCCGCGUAAGAGACUCGCCUCGCGAACAAUUUCUGUUUUGCAAAUAUCUGGAUUUUAAUUGGAGAGUGAGGGAACAUAUCCAAGACUGCUCCAUGUGAGCGUAUGGCUCCAACGGGCGCUGGUAAUCUUCAGCUCAUAUCGCUCAGUAGCCCAGCCCAAGAAAACCGGCGGAUCGUGUGUCCCCAUUGGCCGUGUAUUGUUGGCAUUUUGCUGUCCUCUUUUCCCCCUUUCCCCUUUGACUGCUGGGUAUAGGGAGAACACGUAUCUGGGAAGGAUGAAAAGUUUGUUGAGAUGGAAACUUUGCCACGACAACGGGUGCUGCUGACAUACUUGGAACGGGGUAUUUUGGGGAAUACACAGAUUGUAGACGCGCACCAACGUAGAUAGGUAGACAUAUAUGUUAGAUACCUGUAAAAGAAACCAACCGGUGAAGCAAAUAACCCAAGUCAUACAAGCAUCUCCCCGUUCGUGAUGCCAGGACUGCCGUUGCUGGUGUGGUGUCGUUAUGUCUGCUCGAAUUGGAUUCGGAAUUCUGAGGCGGCUUCCCAAAGCGGCUAGUGCGGCUGCCGUCUUUAGUUACCGUGGACCGUUCAAGGGUUGCCAGCGCCAGAAAGCUCAACACUCAAUUACAUCGACCUCACCAACGACCACGCUUCCUCCCAGUGCCGACAACCAACAACUCGCCAGUGUUCUUUGCCCUACCUAUAAAGGAUCUCAGUCUUGACUUCACGCCCCGUCGAUUAGCUUGUUGGAUUCAGCUGUAUUAUUGGAAAUAUAUACACGCAUUAUAUAUUACACCCAGGGCCUGCAUUCCUUUUGCCCGUCGACUUGUGGAUCCCUUGUCCAUAUUUGUCAUCUCAUCUUUCCUCUUCGUUCUGGUUCGAUUUUGGCUUGUCUCUCUCAUUCGAUACUUUCCCCCUCCCAGUUCCAACCUGAAAGUCGUCCCCCGAAACACACAUUAUCGCAACGGCAUCUUGAAACCGAGCAAACCUGGAUAUCUUGUCUAAACUUGGAUUCACGAGGUUGGAAAAUGGCUGCUACACUGAGCGGGACGUACACUUCCGCUCCUGACACUCCGUCUCCAGUGUUUCCAGAUCGUUUGAUCCGCCCCCUACCGAAGCGUCCUAUCCGCUCUCGCUUAUCCCACGAGGCUGCUGAGUCUAUACUUUACCCACCUGCCCCGCCUGCCACCCAGGUUUUCUAUGGUUCAUAUUCUGGCAAUGGUGAUGUCGUUAACGAUGCCAAGGUUUACGUGCAACAGACUAAUUACGGCCACGAACAAAGUCCUGAAGGUGACCACCACCAUCCAUAUGAUGAUGGCGUAGAUAGUGGUGAUGAAGACGGCCCCGUGGUUGUCCGUCGGAGCGGAGGUUUUCAUCGAUCGUCCUUGUCCCCCACGGGCGAAAACCGCCAGAAAUACGCCAAGCAUCUGGAAGACACUCCUACCAAAACCUCUUCGUCUGGGCCCGACGGCUAUGAUGCUUUUGAGAACACGAACAAUAAAAAGAAAAGGAAAAUCCCGACGUCCGGUAAUCCUGGAAACCAUUCGAACCUAUCUGCCGAUAUGAUGACACUGGGAAUUUCGUCGAAUGGUGGGAGUACUGCGUCUCUAGAUGACGGGAGCGGUACUGGCUCGUAUUACGGAACUGGGAAUCCCGCUUCGCCCGCGGGGAAUGGCAUAUCAGGGCCCGGACGAGGACGUUAUGGGAGGAAUGUUAGCCGUACAGUCAGCGGAAGGACGCCUCUCGCUACCCAUAACCCGAAUGCUUGGUUGGGAGGCCGAUCCGGAACAGGGCGCAAGGAAGUUACAACUCCUCUUGGCCAAGAAUCAAUUGGUGAAUACCCGAACCAUUCUGACCAGGGCAUCAUAUCUGCGGCAAUAGCCAAUGCGGCCGCACUUUCUUCAUCGGCGCCACAGGGGCAAGAUAAUACGAGCUUAUUAGACCAGACAAGAAAGCCCUCCCCAACCAAGACACAAUUCACCUUCACCUGCGAAUCGGAUUCGUCCAAAGGGAUGGCCUGGCAAACCCAGAAUUCCUAUUCAAUUCAACAGCAACAUCGGGCGAGCAGUCAGCCACUUUCUGCAAUGGCACCUGGUCAAAGGGGUUUCUCUACUCAGGGGACGCAGACGAGCCCGAACAUGGCGUCUCAAACAAAUCACCAAGGCCAGGCACAAACCCAGCACGCGUCGCAAAGCGCAGGACAAAACGCCAUUCCGGGCAAAAAAUCACGACGGUCCCCCAGCAGCAUAUAUGCCUUGGCGGCUCGUCAACGUCGGCUACAGCAACAAUACGCAAACCUCCACCACCCCCCGAACAUUGACGAGAUUUGGAUAUGUGAGUUCUGCGAGUAUGAAAGCAUAUUUGGCCGGCCGCCGGAGGCAUUGAUCAGACAAUAUGAAAUUAAAGACCGGAAGGAGCGCCGGCGGCUUGCAGAGAAGAGGAGGCUGCUCGAAAAGGCUAAGAUGAAAGGUCGCAAGGGUAAAAAGGCAACCAAGAAUGCUGCAAAGGCCGCAGCUGCACAUGCGCAGCAAUCGGUAGCUGCACAUCAGCAAGGAUAUGACCGACAACACCACCCCGGGGGCGACCACGACCCCACAGGCCAAGGAGGAGGGUAUGAUGAUAAUUAUAUAGGUGAUGAGUACGAAGACGAAGUUUCAGCACAACACGCACACGCUGCUCCUUCCGUACCUCCGCCUAGUGCGGCCAAACAAGCAGUGCCCGCCAGCAAUCAACCUAAAGCAGCUGCAGGGAGUACCACAUCGGGCAAAGGUGUAGCCGGGGGCGGAACGGUGCAUACUGGGUGAUGGCUCGCGGUGUGGCGUGGCAUCCCUAGGCAUGCGCAGAUGUUGUCUGGAUACUUUUUUGGACGAGACAAGUCGGAAAUGAUAUUUCAAUCCAACACCACCCCGUCACCUUCCACCUCCUCCACCCCCUCCUCCCACUGUCCCAAAGAAGGACCUCCAGAGCGAUCACGUUGUCCUCCGCUGCGCCACAUUGUCCCCUUCCCAUCACCCUCCCUCCCCAUAUUUGUUAUGGGGAGUGCCUUUCUCUUUUACUUUUUGUUUUACUUACCCCAUUAUUCAUUCCCCAUAGAUAACUAACUAGAUAACGUUACCCUUUUCUCUUCUUUUUCAUUCCCUUUUUUCCUUUUGUUUCUUUCCCUUCCCUCCUGCACAGAAAUGCUUUUUUAGGUUUUGUUGUAUGGCAUGAACCAUCACCCGCUCAUAUUAUUUACCAUCAUCAUGCUGUCGGUUUUGUACGUCUCUUUUCUUCAUUUAUUUAUGGAUCCCUUGUCUUGGUCAAUUGGUCAUCACAUCACCUCGUUCUUGCAUGGCAUUUGACCUUUCCACCCCUUAUUUAAUUACACUAAAUCCUUCCCCCCUUCCCCCCCCCUUCCCCGUCUCCAUUUUGGAACAUUGGUAUUUUGUUGGUUUGUCUCACCCCCUUUUUAUGUACUCUUGUAGGUACUAUCCUGAACACACCCACACACCCACACACCCACACAUACCUGCGCACAAACACACAGCAGGGGUAUUUGUUUUUCUGGUUUCAUCAGCGCAUCCAUACACGCCCAUUUGCAGAGAUUCCAUGGCCCUUGAAGCUUUUUUGUCAUAUGACUUUAGCGACCAUUUUGACAUUUUUGGCGGAACGAAACGAGUGGAGUGCGUGUAUUCCCAUUUUUUUUUAAAACCAGGAGAAAGAAAAGAAAAGAAAAAGAAAGUUAUAAGCUCUUGUAUACGCUUGUACCGCUCUAUCAAAGCAGACCGGUGAAGCGAGUGAGAGGUUUUUAAGAAUAUGGAGAUAAGAGAAUUGAUCAUCGCCUAGUUAAUUCUUUACAGUGCCUUUGCUAGGCUCUUCUUUUCGUUUUCUUUUUUUUUUUUUUUUUUUUUUUUUUUUUUUUCUCUCCUUUUUUCCUCAUCUCUAGCUUCCCCCGGUCCAUCGAUCUUGAAUAGUUCUUCCAUGUCUAUUUUUAUUGUUGGAUCAUGGAGAGAAUGGGAUGAAGGAGCCAAACGCUCGCAGGGCGAGCCUGGGAUAAGCCAAUGACAUAUUAUGGCCCGGAGUCCGCAGCCAGCGAGCGGCUCAUGGUCCCAGGCAGAGUCAGCCAUUAUGGAAACUAAGGAAGGGCUUGGUAGUUAGGCCGGAUCGGGUUGGGUCGGGUUGGGUCGGGUUGGGGGUGAUCUGGGAUGAUGGGAUGAAUGCGUAAGGGACGGGAAACGCAAGAUUCGAGUCGAGAGGGUUGGGGAUUGGGAGAUGGAAUUGGAGCUGGAGCUGGAGCUGGAGAGGGGAAAUCCCCAGUGCCCAAAGAAGCGGGAAGAAAGGAAGAAACUAGAUCUUCUACAACUCAAAUAAGUGAAUAAAUAUAUAAAUAAAAGAGGGAGCAAGGAAGGAAGCAAGCAAGCAAGCAAGCAAGCUUUUAGGCUUGUUCUUCAUAUCCUCCUUUUCGCUAUGUAGUUGAGUGAUAUAAUAAUCUCUUGGUUUCUGUUCGUUUGGCAGACAGAACCUUGCAUGGGGAUUGUUGACUUCGCAAAGCAUAAGGUAGAGUGAAAAGAUGUAUAAGUUGAAAAAGAAAUAAGAAGAAUGAGUGAAUAAGAAAGAGAAAAAAAAAAGAAAAGAAAAGAAAGAAAGAAAGAAUGGGAGAGAGGGUGAACAGUGAAUCACUGUCAACAGGAAAAUACCCAUUCUCGCUUGUCAACUUAUGUCCCAUCCCAGGCUUCGGUGGGCGUUAAAUAAUAACAUUAGUUAUAGGGAGGAAGAAUCAAUUGAAUUGUGGAAGAGUUAAUAACUAAAUAACUUAAGUUGUUGCAUCUCCAAGGUUGUUUGUUUCAUGAAGCAGCUUUCACAAUAAUCCUCACUCUACCAGCCAAUUAUUAGACAGAUAAAUACACUAUUAUUUAUUCCAUCUGAAACUUCUUUGCCGCCAGCAGAACUUGUUCACCAUCCCAAGGCGCGUAACAUCAUCAUCAUCAUCAUCAUCAUCAUAUUCCCCCCCGCUGGCUGUGGCCUAGUCGCCGGGCGCUAAUCAAAUCACCUUCGACUUUUUGUAUCCGCAGCUCACAGCCAACCGAUGCUGUCUCCAACUCCAGGACCACAAACAGCUUCUGUUUCUUUCUUUAGCAUCUUCGCAUCUGCGAUCUACCGGAUGUUCUUCAGUUGCUGCAAGCUGCAACUGGGGAGGAGAGCGGGGGAUUGGAUUGUCCGUUCUGUUUCAUGUUAGACACGAUUUGCUUUUUAACAUGGUUUCAAUGUGUUUUUUUUUUAUUAUUAUUAUUUUUAUUUCAAUAUAUGUACAUUACUUUUUGCCCUUGAAGCGGGAGAACUUGGACAUUCAAAGCAUGAUUCGCUCCUGUUACACGCUCUGGCGCUGGAGAUAUCUUUGUUUUACCUGCAACUGUCUGGAUAUCAACUUACAAGAUAUAUAAAGAUCCCGCUCUGCGCUGGAUUCAGACUCUCUUUGAUUCCUUCAGGAAACAAAUUCAUCAUUGUAUCAGAAAUCUUCUCUCUUUGUCCCUUUUUUUUUUUUUUUUUUUCCCUUUUCCUCUUUCUCUUUUUCUCUUCUGUCUCUCUGUCUAUUUCUCUUUCUUUCUCUCUC